AUGCUACGGGCUUUUAAGCAUACCAAUUCAAUUCUUCUCAAUAGUUUCCCUGUAUACAAAAAGCUCAAUGGUGUUCUUGACACAUCUCCUUUAAAUGUCCCAUCAGCUCGCAAGGCAACUAACUAUAUCUCCUCUGAGUAUGAUGCAGAUGCAGUAAUUUCCUAUGAAGAAUUGAAAAGUAUAGUGGAAAACCCUCAAACAGUUGAUAAUUAUUAUAUUUUGGAUGCUCGUCCUGGCGGCCGGUUUGCCGGUUCGGAUCCAGAACCACGCCCUGGAAUCUCAUCGGGUCAUGUGCCAGGAGCCAUUUCUUUGCCAUUUAGCGAUCUUGUUAAAGACGGACAGUUUGCACCAACAGAUGAGAUUUCCGCUGUGAUAAAAUCCAAGGGUAUUGCCAAUGACAAGCCGAUUAUAGUUAUGUGUGGUACCGGCGUUACUGCCUGUGUCAUUGAGAAUGCGUUGAAAGAAAUUGAUGGACUCGACCAGCCUGUUCGCGUCUACGAUGGUAGCUGGACGUAA